AUGGAGACAAGAGCUGGUAAAGAGAAAGCUGCAAAGAAAGAAAAAUCAGGAGCUGUUAAGAAGGAGAAACAAGGAUCAACAAGGAAAGAGAAACCGACAGAACUAAAGAAGGAGAAACCUUCAAAGAUUCAGUUCUGGAGAAAAGGAAACAUUGUUAAUCCACCUGCUGCAUAUCAUGCAAUCUCGAGCACAAAAGAAGAGGAUAAAGGAGUAGCAGAAGGAGGCAGAGACAAUAAGAAGUUUGAUGCCGAAGAGAAGAUUAAAUCAUUUGAGGAUGCAGCCUAUGCUAGUGUUGAGAAAGAAUACAUGAAGAAGAGAUCAGAGAAAUUGAUGAGUGAAAUUGAUAAAGGGAAAGUUGCUCUUAUUGUCAACAAGGAUUACUUAAAGGAGGCCCUUGAAAUCAGAGGUCAAAAGGACAAGGUCACUGCAAGAAUUACAAACUUAAGUGAUACCCAAGGUGGAAAUAUUCCAGAGAGAUUACAAGGAAACUGA